CGCUUUUUCUGCUCUGCUGAGCUCUUCCUCUUGCCUUAUUUAUUUCUUUCGUUAAAGUUACCAUUUGUGCGAUGCUGUCUGUAGUGUAUCAUAUCAACUACGGUUCUUGGUUUGUAAGUAAUGGAUGCUACAGUUUCAAAGAAGAGCUUCGACUGAAAUUGAUCCCGUAAAGAUGAAAAGGUUUUUUAAGCUUUUUGGACUAAGAAAAACUCGUUAUAUCUUGAACAAAUUCCAUUCGUCUACUGUUCGUUGUGUUUUCUUCCAAUCUUAUGGGUCAGUCAUUUUCUUGCUUUUUGCAAGUAGUAGCCUCAUUCUCAUUACACCACGUUUCUUUUCACAAAAGCAGAAAGCGAUGAAUUGUAACAGAAUAAAUGUUGGACCAUUCGCUUUUUCAGCUGGGUUCUUUCGCACCCAUAUACAGACUCUAGAUAUAGCCUAGAGCCAUGAAUAUUCCAAUCCACUCACAUACGCACACACUCACACUCUCUCCACCUCUGUUUUUAAAUAUCUAAAUAUA